AUGAAAAAAAAAAUGAGUAUCAAUCUAAAAUGGGUUUUGCAUGAACUUAUUGGACAAGGUAAUUUUAAUCCAGAAAAAAAGUAUCUUGAUAAGGUUAUCCAGAAAUCAUUCCAAGGGAAGAGGUAUAUUAUAUUUAAAAAGAUUAAAAACAAAUUAAAAAGUAGAUAUUUUGAUGAAGUUUUUAAAGGAUUAAUUCUUCUUCAUUUUCUUUGUCAGAAUGGAAAUUGUAUCAUAUUUACUGAAUUUAAAGAAAUUGUCAUUCCAAAACAUGAUGUAAAAAAUGUAUUUAAUAUUAACCCAAAUACAUAUCAGUUUUGGUGUGAACAUUAUUCCAUUUUACUCAAUUAUUUAUUUAAUUUCCAUCAUAAAUAUCCUUAUUUUGAUGGUUCUUUUCAUUUUACAAGAAAGAGUUUAUUUCUAGUACUAUUAAAAGAGAAAGACAUGUUUAUUAAUUUAUGGAAUGAUUGUUAUACUUUAUUUAAUCAAUGUAAUCAAUAUGUAAUUGACAUAACAAAAAUGAUUAAAUUUAAUGAACAAUUAUGUUUUAGUAUAGGUAUUGUUGUGAGUGAUAUGGUUGGUAUGUAUUUAAUGCUUACAGAAUUACUUAAUUUCAUUACAUCUGAAACAACAUGGGAAUUAAAUAGAAUUGAAGUAGAUAAACAAAAUUGCAUAAAGUGUCUUUAUCAAAUAAAAUCAACGUUAUCAAACCAAAGAAUGGGAAAGUAUUUACCUAAUAACCCUAUUAGUAAAUUACUUUUACAUAAAACAAGAAAUUCAGAAGAUAAUAUGUUAUGUAAUAAAACUCAUUUACAAUUAUUUUAA